UUAAUAUGUUAAUAAAGUCAUCAAAUGUCCGCUAAUGUAGUCUUAUAAUUAAUAAAGUUGUGCAAAUGUCUGUCACAGAAUCGAAUGAUUGGUUGCUUUGGUGUCGCCUGUGCGCCAAGGAGGACCUCCAAGGAAAUAUAAAUGUGUUUUUAAAGAGUGAACAAAGGCUGAGUGCAGCUAAUGAUGCCGUCAGCGACAUGGCAUUGGCCACGGCUAUCGGCAAAUACUUCUGGGUCAAUAUGACUCGUGGAGAGGAGCUGCCAGAAACGAUCUGCAGAGAGUGCCUGUCGCUGGUCACCUCGUUGGUGAACUUCUCGGAUCGCAUCACGCGCGUGCAGAAGCUCUACUGUAUAUUGCAGAGCAGGCCAAAGGAAGCUGUCAAUAUACAGGAGCUGCGUCGACGAUUUGGACUGCAGGAGGAGGCGGAUCAGGAGUUGCGUACGGUAACUGAGGUGCACUACGUGGAGGAGAAGCCCAAGCUAAAUGAGCUAGAUGAAGUGGCGCUGGAGUUGGAAAACCCGCUCACGCCAAGCGGACAGAAAGUGGACAGCAAGAUUGAUGAGGUAGAAGUUCCAGCGGCAGCAGAAGCAGUAGAAGAUGAUGAGCAUGAGGAGGAGGAGGAAGAAGAGGAGCAUGGGGUAGAAGACGAAGGAGAAAUAGAAGCAGACGCAGCUUCAAUUGCUGAUAAUGAGGAGCAACCUGAUGAACAGAAAAAGGAGGAGGAUAAUCUGUUGAAUCUCUGCGCUGAGGCAGACAGCUUGAACUCAUUGGACACCAACCCCUGCCCCAUCCAGCCCAAAGAAGUCAAAGCGAGGAGAGGGAAAUCCUUUUCAUGCAGCGAAUGCCCGCGCAUUUAUGCACUUCCCCAGACGCUGCUGCGGCACAUGCGGCAGGAUCAUAGCCAAGCAGGGGCAGAAGCAGCUGGAGCGGAAGCGGAAGUGGCAGCGGCAGAUCCGCCAGCCGAUAAACUGUACUGCGAGCAGUGCCAGAAGAGCUUCCGUUCCCGUUACCAGCUGCAGAGGCACCAGCAACAGCACCUGCCCAUGCCCCAGAGGAAGCGUUUUCCCUGCCCCAUCUGCAGCAAGCAGUUCACAACGAACGCCUCAGCCCAAUCGCAUGCGCAGUACGCCCACCAGGAGGAGCAGCGCCCACGUCCGGUGAUCUGUGAGCAGUGCGGAAUCGCGGUGCACUCGCUGCACGCCCUGAAGGAGCAUCUGCUCAGCCACACGGACUACGCGCCCUUCGAGUGCGACGUGUGCAAGAAGUGCUUCAAGAGCAUGAGCCGGCUGAAGCACCACAAGGAGACGCACGAUCCGCACAAGUACAUCUGCCCGGAGUGCGGCAUGCAGCUGAACUCCCGGCCCACGCUCAAUCGCCAUCGGCUGGUCCACUCGGACCAGAUGCAGCACAAAUGUGACUACUGCGGCAGGGAGUUCAAGCGCGCGAAGGCGCUCAAGAAUCAUCUCAUCCUGCACUCGGGGCUGAAGCCCUACUCCUGCGACUUCUGCGAGCGGACGUUCGCCAACGGCUCCAACUAUCGCACGCACAAGAAGAAGUCGCAUCCCGAGGAGCUGGCUGCGCAGGAGGCGGCGGGCGGAGGCAAAACCUACAAUCGAAACAUACCCAAACUGGAGGCGCUUAAAGCUUUCACCAAGAACAAGGACAAUCUAUCGCCGGUGGCCACCAAGCAGAGCGGGAACUUUGCCUUCGGCAAGAAGCCAAAGAAGGCAGCCGCAGCAGUCGGAGAAGCAGCCAAUCUCGUAGCUGCUGUGGCAGCGAGCUCCGCCUGCACAUCUGUCAUACCCGCCAUAGAGAGCAUUUACAGCCACAUCAUGAAGCCCGAGCAGCAGCAGUUAAUCCUGGCCAGCGAUGGCAGUGCCAGCAUUUUGCCAGUGGAACAGCCGGAAUCCAGUCAGAUCUUUUCGUAUUAGAAUACAGAAUCAAGCCAUAGACGUCAACUAGCGCAGGCUGCGAAUCCCGCCCAGCGUUC